AUGAGCGCUCAACCACCGGCCCCAGCGGGCCAACAGCAGCAGAUGCAGCUGCUGAAGGUGGACGAUGUGCCCAAGCUUCUUUCACUCAACGAUGACUUGAAGCAAAAGUACAAGCCCAUCUUCCAGCAGUUGUGGAGUGUAAUCCACACGAAGACCGCAGGCACUCAGGACCAUAUUGCAGCCCGAACAAAGCUUCAAGAGUUCUCCCAGAGGCUCAUCGCCCAGGAGAGAACGUUCCGUGCAAGAGCCAAGCAGAACGCAGCGCAGCAGAACCAAGCGGCAGGCGGAGAGCAAUCGCAGUCCGAAGCGUCGAGCCAGCAACCCAAGGUCGAGCAGAACCAGCCUGCGCCGACACAGCAGCAGCAGCAGCAGCCGCCGCAGAACCAGGGCGCGAUGCAGCAGCCUUCGAACCAGACACAGGGCCAAGGCCCGCAGCAGGGCGACCAACGGCCUCAAGUCGAGCCCGAGAUCAUAAAGUAUGUGCAGAACUUCACCUAUUGGCUGCCAGUGAAUGGACCUCAGCCAAGCACACCGGAAGGCGAGGCGAAGAUCAAAGAGAUGCGCAACAGCUUCCUUCUCGCGCUGAACAAGCAGCACAAGGCCAAGCGCCAGAUAGCCACGCUGGAUAACAUGGUGCAGCAGCGGCAAAAGGCCGGGCAGGAGAUUCCUGCAGAGGUGGCCAACAGCAAAGCGCACAUGCAGAAGGAGUACAACACUGCAAAGGAAUACGUGGAUAACUUCAGGGAGAAGCAGAAACAAAACAAGAUGGAGCACGAUCAGCGGCGAGCUCAGCAACAGCAGCAGCAGCAGCAGCAGCAGCAGCAGCAAAAUCAACCAAACCAGGGGCAGCCUGCUCCACAAUUCGCACAGCAGCAGCAGCAGCAACAGCGCCAAAAUUCUCAGCCAGACAUUAAGGCGGAGCCUACGAUCAAAGUCGAACCGCAGCUUCCGCAAGCACCUCCUGCGCAGCAGUUUGGAAACAUGCAAGGCGGCCCGCAGCAAACGCAGCAACAGCAGGCGCCGCCACAACAGGGUGGACACUCUCAGGCACCGCCGUCGAUGCCCCAGCAACAGCCCAUGCGACAGCCCCCCGCGCCCCUUCAGCAACAUGGCCAAGCGCCCAACCAGCACCCGCAAUUUGCGCAACCAGGCCAGCCGCAACCGCAUCAGCAGCCCCCACGCCCGCAGGUCAACCCGCACCAGGCGAAUGCUAUGCAGCACGCGCAGAAUAACUCGCCACACCCGCAAUCUGCUACCUCCAACGCUGGCCGACCAGGCCCGGUUCCUCUCUCUCACCAGGAUGCGGUGAGCGCCGCGCAACGAUCUUACUCGGACAACGCUGGCAUGCGCACUGGCACACCCAUGCAAGGUCAGGGCAACUUCCACACUCCGGGAAGCCGUGAGCGCGAGCAAAUGAACAACCCCAAAAUGCCGAUCCCGCGCAAUCUGAACACCUCUCAGCCAAGCCCUGUGCCUAUGGGUCCAGCCCGUCCUACAAUUAGCGGUCCGACCAACGGCGCCCCGGGUCCUAUGGGGCAACCUGUUAUUGCCAGGAUGCCGCCAUUCCAGCUUGAAGGCGACAACGAUCGCGUGCUCAGCAAACGCAAGCUUGACGAGCUUGUUCGGCAAGUGACUGGUGGUUCGGAGGAAGCGUUGACGCCAGAGGUUGAAGAAGCUGUUCUUCAGAUGGCGGACGACUUUGUCGACACGGUGAUUAGCAACGCCUGUAAGCUGGCCAAGCUUCGAGAAUCACCGCAACUCGACAUCCGUGACCUCCAGCUGGUCCUUGAGCGCAACUACAAUAUCCGCAUUCCAGGCUACGCUUCCGACGAGGUUCGUACAGUACGCAGACUGGUUCCGGCCCCGGGCUGGACACAGAAGAUGAACGCCGUACAAGCAGCUAAAGUUAUGGGCGGGAAGACGGACAUAUAG